AUGGGUGACGCUGACGUAGAAUGUAGCAGCGGCGGCACAGCAAGGCUGUUAUCGGCCGCGGUGGAGGAGGGCGGUGGCGGCAGAGGAAGCAGACCAAAAGAGCCAUGGAGAGGAGAAUAUGUAAAAAGCGUAGUAUAUGCAGGCCUUGACGCUAUUAUCACUUGCUUCUCUCUCAUUUCCUCCAUCUCUGCUACUCGUCGCUCCUCUGCAGUUACAGCACAAAAUUUGCAGCCCAUCGUGUGCAAAUUUGAUGAAUUUACUAACUUCAGUGCUGCAAAUAAAAAUGUAUUCACAGUGGAUGUGCUGGUUCUGGGGUUUGCAAACCUUGUGGCGGAUGCAAUAUCAAUGGGGCUCGGGGACUUCUUGUCAAGCAAGGCCGAGCAAGAUGUUCUUGUCAAAAAAAGGCAAGCAACUGAAUGGGAUGUCGCGAACCACAGAAGUGAAGAGCAAAAGGAGCUAAUUAGACACUAUGAAGCUCUUGGGAUGGAAAAUCAUGAUGCAACCAUGGCCGUGAACAUGUUUGCCAAAUACAAGAACAUAUUGGUGGAGCAGAGAAUGGGAAGUAACAAGGAAAUGGUGCCAGCAGAUGGAGAAGUUCAGCCAUGGAAGAAUGGGCUUGUCACCUUUGUUUCAUUCAUGCUGUUCGGUUCUGCCCCUCUACUAGCUAUCGUCGUUCUCAUUCCAUUCACAAACAAUGAUUCUGUCAAGUUCAUGGGAUCUUGUAUUGUCACAGCACUGGUUCUUGCUCUUCUGGGGGUAGCAAAGGCAAGGAUUGCAAGUAACAACUAUGUCUCUUCUGUUGCUAUCACUCUCUUCAAUGGAAUCGUAGCUGCAGCUGCUGCUUACUCUCUCGGAUGGUCCCUCUAGACAACCUCGUCGAUCAAAAUCCCCCCUUUUUCAUCACACGCCGUGCUAUUACUAGAAUGGAAUAUACAAUGAC